AUGCAUCCUUGUUAUAAUUCCUCGUCUAUGUUGUCUCCAUCUACUGUCACUACUUUUCAUUCAUCACAGUCAUUAAGUUCACCAUCCCAAUCAGCAUAUCAUCAGUCCUCAACACAUGAUGUGUCCAAACCAAAUUCAAAUGAGCAGUAUAACUUGGCUCAUAGUCGACAUCAUCUUUAUCAAAAUGUGAUUCUUCCUAGCCCAUCUAUACAACGUUUUCCUAAUUCAUCAAGCAAUCACUUUACCCACUAUUCGCAAUCCCAUAUCCGAACAACUACUUCAUAUCCUUCUUAUGACUGUUUUCGGAACAAUUCUACACAUUCUCAACCGAAUAUUAGUAGUGGUUUGCCUAUUAUGGGCUAUCCAAUUGCACUCAAUUCUACAAAAAAUUAUGUUGUAUAUGAGACCAAAAAUGGUCCAACUCAGUCAAUAAUGAAUAAUACUGAUGAAACAUUACAAUAUACUAAUCCUUCUGUAAUAAUGAAUAUUCAGUCACAAAUUCCACAUUCCCAAUAUCGUGAAGUCAGUAGUCAACCUUCUAGGCGUCCUCGGCCACCGCCACCACCUCCACCGCCUCGUAGUGGCAGUUGGAUCGGUAAAAUAUCAGCUUCAGCACCUACAAUAAAUGAUAAUACAACGAGCCGACCAUGUAUUCAGUAUGAUCAUGAACCACCAUCUUCAUGCACUGAAAUCAAAGUGAACACAUUCUCUGAUAACCCCACUACUACUCAGUAUAUGAACCAACAAUCAUGUAUUAGUCAAACGUUCUAUACUAGUCCUUAUAACAAUACACAUUCAUCAGUUCCAAAUGGUUCCGUUGGAUUAAAUUCAUACUCGAACUUUAAUAUAAAAAAUCAAUCAUCUACUGAUACCAACUAUUCAAUUGAUAAUUCUCAUACUGAUAUACCAAUUUCAAAACGUUCUAUACAACAAGAACAUCAACAUAGAAGACAACAAUAUCAAAAUCAAUCUAUCAGAAUAUCAUCAUCAUCAUCUAAUGGUGAUAGUUGUCAACCAUUGACAUCGACGAUCAAUUCUUCGAUGACCAAUACAAAUAAUAAUUCCAAUGAACAACGACAACAGCAAAAUUGUCAAUAUUCAUCAAAACAAUCAUUCAAUAACAAUAAUAAUAAUAAUAGUCGUAAAGAAGUAAUUAAAGCAUUACUUAACUUAUUAAUAUGGCAUCAUCCAGAAACUAAAUUUACCGAAAAUAUGAAUCCAUCAGAAAUUCAUACAUUUCACAUAUUCCUAUUAAAUUGGUUAACUAAAACAGAUUGUUUACAAACUAUUCCAAUGAAUAUAAAUACAAAUAUGUAUGUGGCACAAUUUUCCCGUCGAAUAUUAACACAUUUAAUAAGAAUAUUAUAUAGUGAUACAGUUUAUGAAGAAGAAACUACAAUAGAUGAUGGUCAGACAAUUAAAGAUACUGAAGAUGAAGAAGAUACAAUGAAUGUAUUGACUAAUGAAAAAGAAGAUGAUGGUAUUAAUAAUAAUUCUAAUCUUAAUGAAUUUAAUCAGUCUUUGGUUUAUUCAUAUGGAAAGAACAACUGGACAAAAAUCGAUGAUAACAGAUCAGAGAAAACUUCCUGUUUAACAAACUAUACAAAUACGUCGAUUAACAAUGCUGACAAUAGUAGUCUUGUUAGUAAUAGCAAUAAUUUCAGUAAAAUUAAUUUAACUGAUUCCAAGAUUCUACCACCGAACACAUCUUUGAUGGAAUUGAAAGCUGCUGCUCUGGAGGCAAUUCAAAAACUUGCUCCAUUAUGUCAACCAGAUUCAAAAUUAUAUGGAAGAGAUAUGGGAAUUAUUCAAUUGUUAACUUCCAUUCAUAGUUACAGUUUAAAUUUAAGCGAACGUAUCGCGCAGACGAAUAAUAAUAAUAAUAUCAAUAUUGGUGAUAACGUUACUAAUAAUAAUGAAACCAUAGGAAAUACAAUGAUCAGUAGAAUGUGUAAUAAUAAUAAUAAUAAUACAAUGUUGAAUAUAGAGUCAUGUACUGUUUGUCCAGUUGCUGAAGUUGCUGCCUUAGUUCGUUUAUCAUUUGAUUCAAUGCAUCGAAAUGCUAUUUGUGAAUUAGGUGGAGUUCAUGCUUUAAUUUCUUUAUUACGUAUAGAACAAAUGAUGUGGUCAGAGUAUAUGAAUUCAUAUAAUAAUGAUACUAAUAGUAAUAAUAAUACUAACAAUAAAACAGUAUUACUAUUAUCAUCAACAUCAUCAUCAUCAUUUAUACAUAAUCAAAACUUUGUCACAUUACUAGAGAAUAGUUUAGCAUUGAGACGAUAUAUAUGCAUGGCUUUAACAAAUUUAACUUAUGCUGCACCAGAGAAUAAAGCAUUUAUUUGUAGACGUUUAGCUAAUUUGGAAGCAUUAUUAGCUCAAUUAGAAACAGGAAAUGAAGAAUUGAAACAGGUAUCAGCCAGUGUAUUACGCAAUCUCAGUUGGCGUACAGAUAGUAGAAGUAAAGCUGCACUUCGUCGUGUCUGCGCUGCUAAACGUUUAACUAUAGCUGCUAUGAGUGCACAACGAGAAAGUACUUUACGAACUACACUUAGUGCACUAUGGAAUCUUAGCGCUCAUUGUUCUCAGAACAAGCGAGCUGUAUGCAGUGUGGACGGUGUAUUUGCAUUUCUUCUAAGAAUGUUACGUCUUCAAAACCCUUCGCAAAAUCUGGUAAUUAUUGAAAAUAGUGGUGGUAUUUUACGUAAUAUAUCCACAAUUAUCGCUUCUCAUGAUGAUUAUCGGUCUAUACUUCAUCAAAAUAAUGGUUAUCCAAUCCUAUUGGAACUAUUGCGUAAUCCACCAAGUUUAACAGUUGUAGUAAAUGUAUGCGGAACAUUAUGGAAUUUAACAUGUUCUUCCAUCAAUAAUGUAAACACUAUUCCAACUAGUAAUGGCAACAACAGUAACACUACUACUAAUAAUAGUAUCACCAAUAGUUAUAAUGAUCGUUUGCUUCUUUUACACUUAGGUGCAUUAGAUUUAAUACAACAGCUAACUCAGUCCAAACAUGAUUUAAUACGUACUAGUUCACUGGCUGUCUAUCGUAAUCUAAUACAGACAGAUAAAUCUACUAAUCAGAAUCAUUUGAUUCCACCAAUAUGUAAUUCAGAUCAAGUUAAUUCACAAGAAAAUCAACUCAGUGAGUCAUCAUCGCCGGUAACAAAUAGUAUGACCAUAAAUUCUCAUGAUCAUUUGGUAAGUAAUGAAAUAAAUGCAUGCAGUACUACUGAUGGUCGUAGUAGUGGUGGUGAUACAUCCUAUAAUGUCAAUAAUUCAGCACAGACAAAUGGAGAACAACAGCAACCAACAUGUAAACGUCGUGUAUCAUCAAGAACAUCUAGACUUCGUUUUGGUCUAUUAUCUGUAGUAUUUGAAGCAGAAAGUGACGAUGAACUAGACGAUGAUGUUGAUGAUGAUGUGGAUGAAACGGAAGAUGAUGAAGUAGAGGUGGAAAAUGAAGUUGAAGGUCAGACUACUGAACAAAAUCACUGUAUUAAUGAAUACAAUGAACAAGUUGAAUAUGAGCCAAAUAACAACCUAUGCUUAUAUUAUCGAGGUGGAAUACCUAUUAGUGACCAUUCUAACUAUCGAGAUAUCGCUGUGAAAACAUCAAGUAACCGAAAUUCAGAAAGCUUAUGUGAUUCUCAACUUAUGUUGCCUGAAUCGACCAAUCAUCAACAUCAUUUACCAAAUUGGUACGAUGAAAUAAAUUGUCAUGGACAUCAUCAUGAUAAUCGUCGUGGUAAUACGGUCGUUGAUGCAGCAGCAGAUGAUGAACAAACAUGUGUUUAUGCUGAAGAAGGUACACCUUUUCCAUCGAAUUCAGCAACUGCAUCAUCUUUGGAGUUGAAUAGAUCUGAUGAACAGUUCUUAAUGAAUAAAGCAAAUACUAAUUUCAAUACUGUUAAUGAUGUACAUAUAAAUCAUAAUAAUAGUAACGAUAACGAUACAAUACAUCGUAAUGUUCCAAUAUUGAUUUAUCGAAAUGACCCAAUUCCUCAUGUUUAUGCUAUUGAGGGUACACCAUCGAACUGUGAUAGUAACUUAAGUCAUGAGGAUAGUAUAAAUGGCAGUGAAGUUCAUUUGAAUACAAUUGGAUUCAAUCGCCCCCAAAAAAUGAAUUUUCUACCUCAUUCCGAUAUUGUGAAUGAACAGGAGGAUAAUGCCUACCUGCCCUCACCACCAGAAGAUAUCUCGAAUCUUGUCUCUCCAUUAACAUCAAUGAAUUUAGAAGUAGAAAGUGAUCAAUGUGUAACUUGUCAUUUCCCUAUGCCACCUCCACCAGCAUCUUUUCCAAUAGUUCGUAAAGAAUCUGAACUGACUGAUAGACAAAGUGAAUUAUUCUCUUCUAAACAAACACCGUUGGUAUUCUCACGUGGUACAUCAUCAUGUAUAUCUUCGUUGGACUUGGAAGUUCCAUUUAACGGAUAUCAAUCAUCACCGGAAAGUGAAUAUUCUAGUCAACAAAAAAGUAGUAAUAGCAGAGAGAGAAUAAGUUGUGAAUUAAUGUCAAUUAAUCGUAAUGAUGAAGAUAACGGUAGUAGUAGUAGUAAUAGUAGUAGUAGUAAAGGUAGUAAAAGAGAUAGUCAUUUCAGAAAUAUAAAUCAUAGUCAAAAUUGUGAUGGCGAAUUAUAUGAGACAGAUAGUUGUCCUGAUGAAGAAGAUGUUCGAUUGCCUUUCGCUGAAGAAGGUACACCCCCACCUCCAAAAGAUGAUACAGAAAAUUUGAAUACUUUGUAUUUUCAUCAUUCACAUUCUUACAACCAAUCUGAUAUGAACAGUAAUUUGAAAAAUGAUUGUGAAGUAAAUGAUGUUGUUGAUGAUGAUGAUGAUGACGAAGACGACGACAAUAAUGACAAUAAUAACCAUUCACAAAUACUACAACAAUGUAUAGCAUCUGCAAUGCCAUCAAAUAUUCCUUUUAAUGUAUUAACAGGUCACAAAUCAUCGAAUAUAAAUUUUACUAACUCACCAUCAACAAGUAUUCUUUACAAUGAACCAGAAGAUUCUUUAAAAACAUUCGCUGUAGAAGAUACACCAUUUGGGACUUCAACGAAAACUAGUUCAUUAAAUGAUUUAAUCAUAACAGAACAUAAACCAUUAGAAGUCGAAGAAGAAUGUGAGGAAGGUAACGAACUAGUGGUUGAUAGUGAAUUAAAUUCCAAUUCAGCAUCAUCAUUCAAUAUACAAAUAUCUAAUCAUCACACAAUAAAGCAUGCUUCAAAUAAUUUAAUCAAACAAUGUCAUACAGAAAAUGUUGCUGUCAGUCACGGUGAUGGUAGUUCAUCAACAUCAAGCUCUUUGAAUUGUGAUAAUUCAUCAGAUUUAUUAUCUGAAGUAAUACAAUCCGCUAUGCCAAAAUCUGGUCAAAUUAGAUUAUCUAAUUUUUGUUCAGUAAUUGAUCAAUCAUCGUCAAAUGAUGAUGAUUGUUUGCAAAUGUAUGCCGUUGAAGGUACUCCAUGUGCUGUUGUUAAUGAGAACUUAUUGUCAAGUGCAUCUUCUCUUCGUCAUGAUGAAGUAGGUAUUCAUUCAGCAUUAUUACCAACAACAACAACAACGGAUGCAAUAUUAAUGACUUCUAAUAUGUCUUUAACUCUUGCAUCACCAUCAUCAUUAUCAACUGUUCCAUGUCAACAAUCGAAUACAACUCCUCCGAUUCCACCACUUCGUACAACAUCUGCAUUAACUAGUAUUGCAGAUCCAUUUACUCAAGUUUCUGGUUUAACAAGACCACGUGCAACAGUUGCACCAAUGUUACAAAGUAAAUGUCAUUCAUUAAAUUCACCGAUUGUUUCUCGUUCUCAAAAUAUAUCAGAACAAUCGUCGAAAUCGUGUUUAAAUCAGAAUGAAAGUGGACAACAGAAUAAUGAUAGUAUACUUUUACCGAAUUCAUCAAUACCAUCGUCAUCAUCAUCUCCGUUUCAGUAUACCGUUGGUGACAAAGACGACGUUAGUUCUUUUUCUUCACUACUCAUAUCACCGUCAUUAAAGUUGGACUCGACGGUGCAUGAAUCUACAAAUCCUUUUGAAAACAAUAAUAUUAGUAAUAAUAAUAGUAGUCAUAACAAUAAUGAUAAUGUGGAUUAUUGUAAAUCAAGUAAACAUGAAGAAGCGAUUAAUCAUUGUCAUACGUCAUUAUCAUCGUCGUCAUCAUUACCGUUAUCUAAAAUACAUCCGUAUAGAGAAUUAUCUGUUUACAAAGUACCGACAACUUUAUCAUGUACAUCAUCAAAUCCCAGAGCUCAAUAUUCACAAGAUGGUAUUAGUAGUAGUAAUAGUAGUAGUAUUAGAAAUAGAAUUAGUAGUAGUCGUAAUAAUAGCAAUAUCUCUCUGAAAAAGUCUAAAAUACCUGGUCAUAAUUUGAAUAAUACUACUGUUGCAAAGUCGAGUAAUAAUAAUAUCACUGCACAAUCUUUUAAUAAGGGCGCUGGUACAAUACAUUUUUUAGAUCAUGGCUCCGACGAUGCACAACAACCUCAACAAGAAAUUUCGUAUCUGAAUGUGAAUCCAGCGAUAAUGAAUAAUACAAUAACACUUAAACAUAAUCAUGCAUCUACCGGAGCGUCUAUCACUUCUGCUACGAGCACCACUGUUGUCACUGUGAAUUGUAGUAGCAACAAUAAGAGUAGUAGUAUUAUCACUUAUAAUCAGAUAAAGCAAAUUCAAAUGACAAACAAAGUUAAUUGUGCAUCAUUCGGAGCAGACAUCACAAAAGCUGCAAAUCACAAUGAUUCGAAAUUAUCCUUAAAAUGUAGUAACAAUAAUAGUACUGAAGAUGUAUAUCAACAUUAUGAACCUCGUCGUAUUACAUCAACUUCCAACAAAAGUUCAUUACCGUUAAACAAAGCAAAAUCUGGUUUACGAGCACCGUCGUCGAUCGUAUCUAAAUCAUAUGUUGCAAUGAACAACAAUAAUUAUUCAAUAAACAAACAAGAUAUUGAUAUCAUUGAUGUACUUGAUGCUAACGAUAUCAGUGAAAUACUUCAACAAGGCGCCAAAACUGUUGUUUCAGAUCUAAUGAAAUCAUGUGAUGAUGUCAAUGAAAAGCAACAUGAUUCUAAUAACCAACUAGUUACUGAUAUCACUAUUACCACUGAUAGUAACAAUAAUAACAACUCUCAAUCAAUUAGCAAUGCUUCCAGUUUAGAGCUUUUACCAAAAUUCAUCGACUUGGAACAGUCUAUUCCAUUCGAUAAUGAUGAUGAUGAUGAUGAUGAUGAUGAUGAUGAUGAUGAUGAUGAUGAUGAUGAUGAUGAUGAUGAUGAUGAUGAUGAUGAUGAUGAUGAUGAUGAUGAUGAUAAUAAUAAUAAUAAUAAUACAAAGGCUAAUAAUAAUAAUAAUAAUAAGUCCAAUAAAAUGAUUGUAACUAAAUCACUGGAAUCGAGUAAUUGUUCACCAUCCCCUACAUGUGUUACUAAUCAAAUAUCAAAUAAAUCAUCUUCUACAUCUAAUAUACAAUCAGUGAAGUAUUAUCAUCCACAUCAAUUGUCAAAUAAUAAAUUAAACAAUUCAAAAUUCACUAACCAUACUACUACUAAUAAUAAUAAUAAUAAUGUUUAUGGAUUAGAAAAAACUGUGGUGUCACCUAUUUCAAAUCAAUUCUCUUUAAAUAAAUCAACCAGUAUUAUGAAUAAACAAAAUGACAAUGGUAACAAGAAAAACAAUCCAAAUAUUCGAAAUAAAAUUCAAUCUAACCUUGUGAAUCACACAAGCUCCUCGAUCAGCAGUGGUAAUACCGUUUACAAAUACAAGAAGAAUGUUAUUCAUCCUACUACAACAAUGAAAAAUAUGCAUAAAACUACAAAUAAUCCGUAUAAUAAAAAUACUGCUAAAAAUUCCACUAAACGUGUUAUCAAACAACAGCAACAACAUCAUCGUAUUGCAAUGACAGAACCACCGUCUGUACAAGGUCAUUCUUUAGCCAGUAGUCGUUCAGUAUCUGCUGCAAGUUCAAUAUCUAAUUUGAAGUCGGUUAACACAUUGAAUAAUGAAUCUAAUAUUCAACCUCCACGUAGUAGUAAUAUUCCCAAAGCUACUAGUAUUCAACAAAUAUCUGUGGAGUCGGUCUAUGCAGCUCUUGUUAAACAGGAUAAGUCAUUGAUGAAUCAACACUCAUCAAAUCGCACAACUAAUACAACAAAAAACAAUAAUACUCAUAAACUUGCCAGUAAAACUCCAAAUACUGGGUUAUAUGCAAAAAAUACAUCUAAUCAUCGGUCAUUGAAUACAGCUGGUCGUUCGAAUCAUCCUUCUGAACGUCUUACCUCAGUUGAAGAAGGAAUACCAUUAACAACAAAAUUGCAACAGUCUAAACAUAAUUAUUCACUUCAUGACUCUAAUGAUUGCAUACCUAAUGCUUUGUCCUGUGGAAAUUCCACUGUUGCUUCAAACACUAAAACACCUGAUGGUACACUGUCAGCAACAACGGAAUUAUUUGGAUCUGGUACAAUUUCAAAAAAUGACAAUAACACACAAGCAUCAGAUGUUCCUAAACCUAUUCGUGGUGGACGAAAAUCUUUAAUAGGUUCGUCGAAAUUUGAGAUUCAUUUGUUUGUUUAUUCUCUUUUUUUAAACCAUCAUGAAAACUAACGGAUUUAUAUAGUAAACGUUAUGACAUCAGUCCAUAAUUUUAAUGACUGUGUUAGGAUGGGCUGUGUUAAUGGUUGUAAACUACCUGGUUAGGGUCUACACGAUAACCACAAACAACUAAUUCAAGGCUCAUAAUCGGUCACAGUAGCACAGAUGCGUCUAGUCUGUUAUCAACCUUUAGAUCUUGAGUUUUGACAUUCUUUCGUACAUAGUUUUUUUGGGGAUUUUAUUCUUUAAUGUUAGAUCUUUCUCACUAUCCUUUAUAAUACUGCUAUUUCGAUAUUUUCGCUAUAUUCUUUAUUAAUUUCUUCUUGUUAUAACAACACAUAUUUGUGUUAGGCUAUAUGUUGAUUGUGACUGACUGACCAUAUACAUGUGAUAGUUCAUUGCAUUAUAUAAUCUCCAAUCCAGUCAACCAUCAAUCAUAAUCAUCUGCAUUGAUUGCUCAAUACUCAAUAAUUUCACUUAUUGGUGCUACAUUUGGCUUGCCCUUUUCCAGCUUUCUUGCAACCCGUUCCUACACGUACAAAUAUCUCAUGCUAUGGUCAUCGGUGGUUUGCCAUAUGUAAUACAUGUCUAAUCCACUUCAGUUAAUAUAGAUCCACAACUUCAUCAACCAACUUUCCAUCUUCGCUUAAUACGCCGCAUUUAAUACCAAGAUUGUUCACUCGGUGGUUCCAAAAGGAUCUCGAGUGCUGUUAAAAGUAUCUUAAAGUUCUGAAUUCCUCACAAAUUUGUUUUAUCCCACUAACUUUCUCGAAUUGUAUCUUUCGUACCUAGUCUUUUCUAUGACCACUAGUAUUGUUAUUACCUCUGCUACUUUGGAAUUAGCCCUGACAAUUUUAUCCUGCUGUUCUAGUGACGCAUGAGAACUUAAGCCGAUAUUACACACGUGCCAGGUUCUACGUUGCAUCUGACUGACAGUGGUCCGAACAUCAUAAGCAAACGAUACUUCAAAGAUAUAUAAUGAAGUACUAUCAACCUAUGAAUGUUUUUGGUGGAGUUUUGUUCUCUGAGCUGGAUGGUUUGGUCGUGGAGCUUUCAUCAUUCUUCUGAACGACACCAUCAGCACAAACUUCAGGUAGAAAAAAAGUGUUCGAAUUUGAGUGUUCAAGAAAUUCGAACACUGUUAAUGUCGUUCAGAAGAAUAAUGAAAGUUUCACGACUAAACCAUUCAGCUCAGAGAACAAAACCCCAUCAAAAUCAUUCAACUGAACUACAGAUCUUCUCCACCAUCUCGAAUAUUGUAUAUAUCAGGUCUAGAAAUGGGAACUGAUUGAAAAUUUAUUAUUUUAUCGAAGUUUAAAUAUCUGUAGGAUAUUUUAAGCAUAAAACUUCUUUGUGGCGUAUUUUGUUUGUAGUUUUCUUACAAUUUUGUUGAUCAGAAUGAUUUAUGGAUUGUUGUUCUGUGUUGAACAAUGUAGUUUGCAUUCUCAAUACUUACCGACUUACUUACUUACGCCUGUUAUUCCCAAUGGAGCAUAGGCCGCCGACCAGCAUUCUACAACCCACUCUGUCUUUCUUUCUAGUUCUAUACAAUCGUUGUUCACUCAAAUCAUGCCCGUCUCCAUUUCUCGGAGUACUGUGUUCAAUGGUCUUCCUCUUCUCCUCAUUUGGCCUUGAGGAUUCCAUGUGAGUGCUUGCCUUGUAACAAAUUUACGUGCUUUCCUCAAUGUGUGUCCU